UCCUGUCGGUUAUUGAUUUUCACAGCCUUCCCCGUACUUUCCUCCCCCCUCCCCUCGCCAUGCCGGAUCCAUCCGUCUGUCUCGCCCACAGUUGCGGCGCAUUUGUGUCCCGGGAUGACCUGUUGAUGUCGGCUAAAGAUGGAAUGUCAGGGUCGCCCUCCGACAUGGAUCCACCUCUCCUGUCCGGCAAAAUAAUAAUAAUAGUGCAAUAAUAACAAAGACGUCGUAAUUCAGCCCGUGUGGCUCAGUGUAGCUCCCCGUUUUUUUGUGUAGAUUUAAUAAAUAAUUAAUUCGCGUGAUAUAUCACAAGCGACAUUUUGGAGGGGAGCACAACGCGUGUCUGUCCCGUAGAGGUAGCUGCCGUUCGGCCGGAGAAGGAGAAGUGAACUCGGUCGACACGGACACGACGCGGCGGUGGCACGGACGGAGAAGAGACCGGGAGCUAAACUGCUGGAUAUUUUAUUCCCCUCCUCGACUAUUUUAGUGACAUAUUUCCUGGACGGUUGCUUGGACGCUAAACUCGUGCGUCCAGUGGAAGAGAGGAGCCCUCUCCCUCUUUCUCUCCCUCCUUUUCCCCCACACCCCCUCCUCCUCCCCCCUUCUCUCCACUGUACACACCGGCCCGGGCCAACCGAGGACUCCCAAAUCCUCCCGGGUAUCGAGGCUGGCACGCGGCGGGGCACUGAGCGCUCUCUGCCCGUUUUGAAUGCUCUCCUGCCCCGCUGCUGCUGCUGCUGCUGGCGGGCUCCCUUCUUCUCCCCCGACGCGUCUGUCGGCGAGACACCAGCUCGGCGCGACUUCCAUACCCUGUGGUGCUGGGCAGAGCGUUAUGGCUCAGACACUGCAGAUGGCGAUCCCCAACUUUGGCAACAACGUCCUGGAGUGUCUGAACGAGCAGCGGCUGCAGGGCCUCUACUGUGACAUCUCUGUGGUUGUCAAAGGACACGCCUUCAAGGCCCACCGUGCCGUGCUGGCAGCCAGCAGCUCUUACUUCCGGGAUCUGUUUAAUGCUGACGGGAAGAGCUUGGUGGUGGAGCUGCCCCCGGCCGUGCAGCCGCAGAGCUUCCAGCAGAUCCUGGCCUUCUGCUACACGGGACGCCUCAGCAUGAACGUUGGAGACCAGUUCCUGCUCAUGUACACCGCCGGCUUCCUCCAGAUCCAGCAGAUCAUGGAGAAGGGCACAGAGUUUUUCCUUAAGGUCUCGUCUCCAAGCUGCGACUCCCAGGGUCUCCACACGGAGGAGACCCCACCCUCUGAGCCCCAGAGUCCCGUCACGCAAACAGUUGGCGGAGGCGGAGUUGGACUCGUCGCCUCAGCAGCGGGACGGCCCUCCUCCUGUCUGACGCCCCUCCCCCUGGUGUCCAAGGUGAAGACGGAACAGACGGCGACCACGCCUCAGCCCACCCCACAGCCGCAGCAGCAGGAGGGCUCUCCCUACUCAGUGGUCUGCACCCCUGUGGCCAAGCGGCUGUGGGAAGGGGGCAACCGUGAUGGGGGAUCCGGAGGGGGCGGAGGAGGCGGCAUGAGGAAGGCCGCACGCUACUCUACCUCCUCGUCUUCGUCCUCCUCCUCAAACAACACUACCCAAGAAGCCUCCGGGCGUGGGCUUGCGGCCGCCAAUGCUGCGAUGGCUGGAGGCGGCGGAAACGCCAUCACAGUGGGAGGAACCGGACUCAACAGCAACCACAACAACAACAACAACAACGGCGGGACCCCCGAGGGCACGAGUCCAGGCACGCUGAGCAUGUACACCAGUGACUCGCCAAUCAGCUACCACGACGACGAGGAGGAGGACGAAAUAGCAGACGACAGUGCCGAAGAGCAGUAUCGGCAGAUCUGCAACAUGUACACGAUGUACAGCAUGCUGAAUGCUGGGGCUGCAGUGGUCAGCGAGAGAGUGGAGGCUCUGCCAGACUUGGCUCCAGACUCUGGCGGCGGACGGGGGGGCAGGGGGGGACGAUCCCGACAGGACCUGGCUUCGCUCCCCGCCGAGCUCAUCAGCCAGAUUGGGAACCGCUGCCACCCAAAGCUGUACGAGGAGGGCGACCCGGCGGAGAAGCUGGAGCUGGUUAGUGGCACCUCCGUGUUCAUUUCUCGUGCCCAGCUCAUGAAUUGCCACGUCAGUGCCGGCACCCGCCACAAAGUGUUGCUCCGGCGCUUGCUCGCAGCCUUCUUUGACAGGAGCACUCUGGCGAACAGCUGUGGAACUGGCAUCCGCUCCUCAACCAAUGAUCCGAGUCGUAAACCCCUGGACAACAGAGUUCUGCACGCUGUCAAAUUUUACUGCCAGAACUUUGCGCCGAGCUUCAAGGAGAGCGAGAUGAACGCCAUCGCGGCCGACAUGUGCACUAACGCCCGCCGUGUCGUCCGCAAGAGCUGGAUCCCCAAGCUCAAACUGCUGAUGGCCGACAGCGAGGCCUACUCCGCCUUCCUCGCCGAUAGUGUGAAGAUGGAGGCCGACGCACUGGGGGCGGAGCAAGGCUUUGAUCCCGCCUCCCUGGAAGCCGUGACGGCAGCCAACAGUAACGAAGCGGGCGGCGGCGCAGCCACGCCGGGGGACGCCCUCCAAAGGGGGGGAGGGGAUAGCAGCACUUUGUUUUGAGUGAGUUCACGGACAGAUUGUUGAAAGGACAGAUAGACAGAAGGAUGGAAGGAAGGAGGGAUGGAGUUUCUCUGAGGUAAUGAGUAGAGAGCGACGGCCACUCUGUGGUCAUAACAGUUGUCUCUCUUCCCCCGAGCAGCCAUGUGUUGGGGGAUGAAUCCGUUUCUUCUUUUCAAAAAUAUUUGUAUCUGUUCACUCUGCUUUUUCUUUUAUUUUUUUAUUUGUCCACAUUUCACUCCCUCUCUCCACGGCCCCUAAAUACGCCUCAUUUUGGGCCCCCCCCUUUCUUUUCUGAUGGAGAGAGAUGGAAACAUGGCAGAGAAAGGUUGCAGAGGGAAGAGGUUGACGAUAGCGCCCCCCCCCCCACACACACACACACAGUCUCCUCGUCUCUCUGUAGCUUUUUUCUGUUUUUAAAAGUGCGUACUGUUACUAAACGCCCUUUUGUUACCAUAAUCAAUCACAGCCAUUCCCUGGGGUGGGGGGGUGGUCAUCCUGUUUCCGAGUUAUACUUCCUUACACUGUUGUUUUUUUGAUAUUGAAUGAAUGCGUGGCGAAGCAUCUAAACCAGAGUGUUGCGAGUCAGCGGAGGCGGCGGCAGAGUGAGAUUGUACAAUUUCCCUUAAAUUGAUGUAUUUAUUUUUUUUCUGUUUUGCUUUAUAUCAUCUGGACAACCAGAUUGAAAGCUUUUCUUGAAAGUGAGGGCUCGAUGAGGUCAUAUUAAUAUGUAUAUCAGCAUGAUGGUCUAUGAUCUAUGUCCCCAGACCUUAACCGUGGGAAUUCUGUCGGGGCCGUGCUGGGAAAACUGACCGAGCAGCCGCCAGUUAAAUGCUGCUGAUUUCUCACCAUCGUCGUUGGGAGUGUUUUAUUUUGUCAGAGAGGCGAAAGAUUUGCUUCGCGAAUGAAAACUUUAACCCUAUUUUUGACCUUUUAACAACAACAACAACAAAAGAGUUGUUUACUUUUUCCUGUUUUAAUCUUUUCCUACGUGCGCCAAUCGCUGCAACGCUCCGUUGUUAAUUAUUGUCCAAGAGUUUGCACUGUGUUUUCCUGCGGUAUUAGUACAAUCAAAAUAUGUUUUUGUACAGAUGAAAAAAAAAGAAUUAGAAAGGGGGGUUUUUAUUUAAAAAGAAAAAAAAGAAGAAAAAUAUUAGCUCACAAUCCAAUUUGUAUCUGUCGAUCACACCCCUUUUUUUUAAAAAAAAUAACACAAAGAAGAAAACCCAAGAAUGAUCCAAACGCAAACUUCUUUCUGCCUGACAGUUUACGGAUGAUGUGUGUGUGUGUGAGAAUAUGUUGACACCAUUCUUUUGUUUACAUCUCGUGUAUGUGUGUGUAUGUGUGUGUCCCCUAAAAAAAAAUUGUUUUCCCCGCUAUUGCCAGUUAGCAGCGUGAGGUUCCCCGGGCUCACUGCCUGGAUGUGUGUUGCCUGGCAUGGACAGAGGUGCUAAUUUAAGCUGUGGUACGUGGCGAGAAAACACAACUCUGUAAUGUGUGUACUGUUGCAGCCGCACAGUUGUGUUUGUGUGCUGCAAUACAGAGAGCGAGAGAGAGAGAGGGAGGCCAGACGGCGUGUUUUCACACACGCUUAGUUGAUUCAUUCACCCGCCACUGCGGCGAGUGCGCACACACACACACGCAUGCACGCUAAUAUGCAUUUGGGCUCUGUCAGCUGCAGAAUACCAGAGCGGUGUGGGGAAUUAAAGGGCGGGCUGCGCGUUAACCAGACCUAGUUUGUGUUAUUAAGCGUGGCAACGUUCAAAGCCGAUGGAGUUUGUUCAGUUUUGACAAUUUCCAGAGCGCAAUGUGGGAAUUUGAUCCCACGGAAUGGAAAUGAGAUUGAAAACAACCCUGAAAGUCACACUUGUCGUUGACCUCCAGAAUCCACAGCACCCAGGGCUUUUGUUUAAAUAGUAUAAAAUAUUCUUGUUUCACUGAGACCUCAGCCUCUCUCUGUCUUUUAAUCAUGAGAUCAAUAACAAACAAAUCAAUAUAAACAAAGACGUCUGUCUGGUUAUUCUGUGGUGUUCAAAUCAAGACAGCUGACAGAUCCAGACCUCGUUUCAAAUGCUCAUGACUGAUCUGCUUCUCGUUCGUGUGCCGUCGUCUCUAAAAAUGAGGACAUUUUGAUUUUUACCUCAGCAGUGUAAAAAACGGCUACUAAAUUAAUCUAUAUAUAAUCUAUAAAUACCGGCAGUUUCAUGCAGCCGUGCUGCGAUGACUCCGCCCAUGUCGAGGACAAUAUAGUACGAGGUGCUAUAUUGUAAUGGAUUGACAUCCUCAAAGAUUCUAAAUGAAUUCAAACCUUAUUUUUUCUUACUUUUAAUAGCGUUGCUUCAGUUUUGAUUGGCAUAGACCUGCACCGUUUCAGUGUAGAGAUGACAGGUACGUCAUACCCGGGAUUAAAGCUUCCUAAUCUUGAUCCUGCAAACACAUCACUACUCUUGAUUUCAUGAUGACAGAACCUUUCUUGGACCCUGAUCUCUCUGUGUACCGAAUCAAAUUUAAAUCAGCAAUCGGUUUUUGAAUAUUCAAAAUGUUGAAAACUGCGGUUGCCAGACUCUCUGAAACGCAGAGCUCACCCUUUGUGCAUAACUGUAAACUGGAGAUAUUCUAAAUCAAUCUCCACUUACUUCUAUGUAACACCUUGACGUAUGAGACGAAACCCUUGGAUACAAAUCAAAAAUAGCCUUAAAUGUGCCCUUUAUGCUUAUUAUGCAUGGCUUAUAAAUAUUAGUUAACAAUAGCUGCCAGUCAAAGAACCCUUGUUAACUGAAAUGAAAUGAACGUGUAGGAGCAAGUGGGAGGCUGGCAGGUUAACAAGAGUUUGUUUAGUUUUUAAAAAAAAUCAUGCCUUGCCCCACCCUCUAUUCCAGAGCACAUGGUACAAUCCGACCGACGAGGAGACUUGACUAAAAAAGUUCCAACAGGGCAGAUGCAUGAGAAAGUGUGAGAGGUAAAAGAGAGGAGGAAAAUGUGAAGUGGAGGGAGGGAGAGAGAGAGGAGACAGUUUGCACAUUACUGUUUUGUUUCCCCCCCUUUUAUUCAUGAAGGAUCUCAGAGAGAAGGAAAGACGGGGAGGGAGGGAGGGAGAGAAGAGGACAGUGAGCCUCCCUAAAGAGGAGGGGAUGUGGUGAUUGGAUGAUUUGGUUUGAAUGCAUGCAUGCAUACGUACACGUGUGUGUGUGUGUGUG